AUACAGAAAGUGCAGAUUAAUGAGAUUAGAUCUAGUCAGGAAGCAUACAUAGAUUAGUCUACUCUGAUUGUAGCGCGGAUUAUAGAGUCUAAUUAAUUUAAAACGUUAGAUAUCUAUGACUCCAGCCACUGGUCGGAAAAUAAAGAUCAGAACGCUCGGAUUAUAUCCUAGCAUACUUCACUUUUGAAAUCAAGCCUAAACUGCCUAAAAAUAGUAGUUUUUUUGUAGGAAACAACUAGAUCUAUGUCUAUUGGUAUCAAGAAAAUAAGAGACAAACCAAACAGGGUUGCAGUUGAAGAUGUAAUUGACAAGUACAAUGACAACUCGAUAGCUGUGAUUUCUGAGGACAAAAUGAAUGAACUUGGUCUCAAUAAAGGAGAUACUGUUCUUCUCAAGGGAAAACAAAGGAAAGAGACUGUCUGUGAUGUGCUAUCUGAUAGCAACAUGCUUAAUGACAGGAUACAAUUAAAUAGGGUAGUGCGCCAUAUGUUGAGAGUGGGAUAUAAGGACAAAGUCAACAUCUAUCCAUUUCAACCUCAGUAUGGCAAACGUGUCUCUAUUUUACCAAUGGAAGAGUCAAUUAAACAUUUUAAUGGCAACAUUUUUAAGGCUUUUCUUAAACCAUAUUUCAAUGAAUCAUAUCGACCUGUACACGAAGGAGACAUUUUUGCAGUACAUUCAUGUAUGAGAGUAGUAGAAUUUAAAAUUAUCAAAACUGAGCCUUCACCAUACUGCAUUGUGACACAAGAUACUCUUAUACUCUGUGAUGGAGAACCACUAAAACAAGAGGAUGAGCUAUCAUUCAGUGAUAUUGGUUAUGAGGAUAUUGGUGGAUGUCACAAGCAGCUGGCACAAAUAAAAGAGAUGGUUGAUUUGCCACUACGUCAUCCUCAACUAUAUAGAGCAUUGGGGAUAAAACCUUCCAGGGGAAUUCUUCUACAUGGACCACCAGGUACUGGUAAAACUUCAAUUGCACGUGCAGUCGCCAAUGAAACUGGUGCAUUUCUUUGUGUCAUAAAUGGACCUGAAAUAAUUAGUGGUAUGCUUGGUGACUCUGAACACAAUUUAAGAUACGCAUUUGAAGAAGCUGAAAAAAAUGCUCCUUCCAUCAUUUUUAUUGAUGAAUUAGAUGCAAUAGCACCUAAAAGAGAUAAAACUGAAAGUGCUUUGGAAAGACGAGUAGUUUGCCAGUUGUUGACUUUAAUGGAUGGACUGAGAAAGAUUCAUUCCCAAGUCAUUGUAUUAGCAGCUACAAACAGGCCAAACAGCAUUGAUAGAGCUUUGAGGCGUUUUGGGCGAUUUGACAGAGAGAUUUUAGUGGGAGUCCCUGAUGAACUGGGGCGUUUAGAGAUAUUACGCAUUCAUACAAAAAAGAUGAAGUUAGCUGAUGAUGUCAAGCUUGAUCAGAUAGCAGCAAAAUGUCAUGGGUAUGUUGGAGCUGAUUUAUGCUCUGUUUGUUCUGAAGCUGCAAUGCAACAUAUAAGAGGAAAAAUGAAGUCAGGUGUCAUAAACUUGGAUGAUGAUACAAUUAAUGAUGAAGUACUUGAAUCCUUGGCAAUUACUAUGGGGGAUUUUAAGUAUGCACUAAGUAAAAGUGAUCCUAGUGUACUACGAGAGAACCAAUUAGAGGUACCAGUUGUAUCUUGGUCUGAUGUAGGAGGACUGGAAGAGCUUAAAAGAGACCUUGAAGAGCUUAUCAAGUUUCCUAUGAAUUAUCCUGAAAAGUUUCUUAAGUUUGGACAGAGACCACAAAAAGGUAUCUUGUUCCAUGGUCCUCCAGGUUGUGGUAAAACACUAAUAGCUAAAGCUAUAGCUAAUGAAUGUGAGGCUAACUUUAUUUCCAUAAAGGGACCUGAAUUACUCACAAAUAGAUCAGGGCCACAAUCAGCUGCCAAUGUGAGGGAUAUAUUCUUUAAAGCACGUCAAGCUACACCAUGCAUUAUAUUCUUUGAUGAGUUUGAUUCUAUUACAAAACCUCAUGGAGGAUGUGCUUCUGAUCAAGUUCUUAGUCAAAUAUUGACUGAGAUUUGUGGGAUGAGUUCACUUAACACGCAAAAGAAUGUUUUUAUAAUUGGUGCUACUAACCGUCCAGACAUCAUUGAUCCAGCUAUACUACGACCUGGAAGAUUAGAUCAAUUAGUGUAUGUUCCAUUACCAGAUGAAAUGUCUAGGUUAUCUAUUUUGAAAGCUUUGCUCAGCAAAACUCCCGUUGAUAAAGAUGUAGAUCUUAAAUAUAUUGCUGAAAAGACUAAUGGCUUUAGUGGAGCAGAUCUUGCAGAAAUAUGUCGUAGGGCUUGUAAGAAUGCUAUACGUGAAUUAAUAGAAUUAACUUUUGACAGUGAAAAAAAGGAUCAAAAUAUUGAAGAAAAAAGUAAUUUUGGUGCACUUGAGCUUAAAGUAGUAACAAGAGGUCAUUUUGAAGAUGCAAUGAAAUAUGCAAGAAGGAGUGUCACUGAGGAUGAGGUGUCUAAACAUAAGGCAUUUGCACAAAAAUAUCAGAAAACAUGGUCCAUUAAUAGGUAAGAACUCCCAAUGAACAAGAAAUACAAAGGAUGUCUUUCAUACCUUUAAUCAUAAUAAUUAUCAUAAAUUUCAUAUGACUUGCUACACUCUGCCUAAAACUAACUCCAUGCAUUCAUUUUAUUUUUGUUACCAGAAUAAAAAAUUAAGAUUACACAUAAUUUAAACAGGGGAAACUCUUGUGAAAAUUUUCAUAAUAGUAAUUACACAAAGAAGUGCAGUAUCCACUGGUUAAGAAAAACUACAAUAAUUCUGCUAAAGUGCUAUAAAAGGUAGCAAAAAUUAAUUCAUCACAGUCUCGUGUAAAAUAUAGACAAUUUAUUACAAGAACAACAAUAGCAAUAGAAA